AUGAGCACGGUGACGAAGGAAAACUACUCCGGGGAGGUGGUUGGUUGUGAUGUGGGUGAUAUAACACUACAAAUUCAUCUCCCGUGUGACGACGGCGACGAUGAAGAGACUGAUGACUUUCCGGACGACGAACCCCUACUACGUGGAUGUGAUACUAGUCUAUGCAAUGGAGCUCAAUUCUCCACUGAAGGUCACGUGGUUUUGCAAACAAGCAAGAAUGAACGUGGAUUAGCCAGACGCCAGCUAUCAACUCCUACAAACCUAUCGGGUGGUUUUGGUAUACGCAAUGGAAACACUCUUCCGUAUGUCCCUCGUCCGCCUCAAAUCGUUCGCCGACAGACAUUGCCAUCUAACUUGAUACCUGAUUUACCAGUAUGCCCUGGUGAGAUAACAAUGGAAGAUAGUGUUUAUGAAAUAUCGAAAAACUCUGCUACUCAGAUAGAUAUUAGAUGGACAUCUCCCUCAAACUCGAAUGAAAUAUCUAAUCUGGUGUAUGAAAUUCAGCUGCAAAAGAAUGACGAUUGCGAUUGGAUAAAAUUGAGCGACCGUGGGAUUCCCAUCCUCAGAGUUUACACAACAGAAACUCGAUUUAUCCUAGACGGUACAAAACGGAGUUUUUCUGAAGGGAAAUGCAAAUGGAGGUUAAGGAUAAGGGGAGUGAGUAAGGGUCAUGAAGUCCGCAAUGAAGGACCCUGGAGUGAGUACAUCACAUUGAAUAUCUUGGAUAGUUCAUCACAUGUUCGAGAUGGCGGAACUGCAUGA